CGCGGGCCGGGAAGGGGCGGGCGAAGCCUUCCCGGAACCAGCGGCGCUCGCACGGCCACGGCGGCCCCUUCUCCCGCGGGCUGAGGGUGCCGGGAAGUGCCCGCCAUGUCCUCGGUGGCCGCCGCCACCUGCGACGGCAAGGGCGCGGCGGAGGCGGGGGAGGCCAAGAAGCCGCUGAAGCCCUGCUGCGCCUGCCCCGAGACCAAGAAGGCGCGGGACGCCUGCAUUAUUGAGAAGGGAGAAGAAAACUGUGGGCACCUAAUUGAAGCACACAAAGAGUGUAUGAGAGCUCUGGGCUUCAAGAUCUGAGUGAGAUGAGCAGGACUGACUGGGAUGAUGUCUUUGGUGUGACUGUGUUCUGGGAAGCUGCAAAAUAAAUUAUUUCUGCAAGUUACUUCAAAGAAUAAAUAUAAACAAAGAAUCUAUUUAUAAAGAGUCUCUAAGAGUAUGCAUCGCAUCUGUAGCUUUUCCACAGUUUGCUCUUGACCACUGCAAUAGAAAAUAUAUUUUUUCCUCUUAAUUAAAGCCUGAAAAUGACCAAUG